ACGCUCUAUCAUGGCGAUAAAGCUGAUGGCAAAAGUCUCUUUGUUGCUGCUUAUGCAGCUGCUAGUGCCAUGUGUGGACGCAGGUAGCUGGCAGAGCUGCCAUAAAGUGUCCGUGGCGAAAUGUGGUGUAGGUGACAGCCGUAGUGAUGGCCAUGAGUACCGGUAUGACAUUGGGGCGUACCGGUACAAGUGGACCAAAUACCCGCAUGAAGUAUUCAGCUACAAUGGCCCCUUCAACACUAUACUUUUGGCUCAGACAUACCAGUCCUGUCAGAUCUGCUCAAACGAAACAAGGCCUACCCAGGGGGGUCCCAGUCAGAACCCUUCGCUACAAACGAGAACCAACAUCAUGAUCGUUGGCAACAACGUCGGAAAGCUUGGCACUGACAAGGCAGAUAUUCUCUCUCAGAUCCCAUGCGGUAGAAUGUGCAGGUUGUGGUUUGUGGAUUGUAACCUAACGGCAAUAGAGGUAGGGGCGUUUGCUAAGUUGCCACAGGUAUCUACCCUGGUCAUCUGGCGGAGCAAUGUCCAGACUCUGAAGAACGGCACGUUUGCUGGGAUGGAGGGUCUCAAGUAUCUGCUGCUCUUGGAGAACAACAUAACACAUCUGCAGGAUGGCUGCUUUCAAGGGUUGCCCAGGUUGUCCUACCUCAUCCUUGUGGACAACCAGAUCCUGACGCUGUCGCCCGGCGCGUUCCUGGGAGUGCAGCCGCGGUGGUUUGACGUAAGUGCCAAUCUUAUCGCUACUGUAGCACCGGGGACCCUGCAGGCGAUCAAGUCCGUAGAAUAUGUCCGCGCUGUUGAGAACAAACUGCGAUCUAUCGGCGUGGAGAUGUUUCACGGACUUGAACGGCUAAAAUACCUGAACCUGGAGGGUAACAGAAUCUCCCACAUUGCUGCAGGCGCGUUCCACUCAAACACGCAAAUGAACAUCCUAAAUCUCGCGGGAAACAGGCUGACCUUCCUGUCUGGUGGUUGGUUCAAAUCGUCAUUUCCAAGCCAUGUCAACGUGCGUGGAAAUGCGAUUGCCGCCAUUGCGUUGGAAGGGAGGGCGCUUCCUCGGACGCGAGGAACCCGGCUCGACAACCCGCCGCGCUGCACGUGUGCGAACGAUUGGCUGUACGACCACAAGGGGAUGAACCCGUUCAAGUUCAAAAGGCCUUACGCCAGGGAAAUGCGGGUCCCCUCGACAGCAAGCUGCCCCGCCUCGCCGCUGAUGCCAAAUCCUCCUGCUCCGGUCAAUCCCAACGGGUUGCCCUGCCCUGUACCGCUGGUCGAGGUUAAGCAUGUUGAGCGCAGCGCCGCGUACAAGUACGAAGCCGCUGGUGACGUGUAUUGGGAGCAAUUGCCGACAGUGUCCUUUGCCUUCCCUGACGGCUUACACCGCACACUCGACAUAACAUACGACACAAUCACAACCACACACGACAGUCUACCGACAGGCAACCUAACCGUGAGAGUGGUGACCAACCUAAAGGCUGAGGGCUGGGUGAAAUGUAAGGGACCAGAAAACCUGUUGGGGGAAACAGGAAAUCACAGCCUGUGUUCUAACUACAUGGGGAGGUCCAGCUUCACCCUUUGGCUUGAGACCGCCGAGCCCUUGUCCUUUGGGAACACCACUUGUACGGCUUCUUCCGAAACUGGAUCCGACACUGCCGUCUUCUCGGCGAGCGCGCGAACACACUCUGACAUGACAACACUAACCGAGCUGACACUGCUCAACACGACACCAUUCUCAGUCAGCAUCAGCACUACACCACUGUCCAGUGGCGUCAGCACUACACCGCUGUCCAUCAGCACUACACCGCUGGCUACUAACACGAGCGAUGAUGUACAUCUAACGUGGUACGUCCUGUGGGCAGCUCUGGGCGGGUUGUCGGCUGCUGCGGUAGGGGUUUGGGGAUGUGCCAUGGUCAGCUGUAUCAAGCAGAAGCUCAAACGCAAUGCCCCUGAUAACGGUGCAGGUCCAUCCCGCAAUGGCAACCAGAUCGCUGCCUGCUCCAUGUGGCCCCUUCCAGGUGGCAACUCGGAGGAGUCAGUGAUCAGUCCGUACGCUGAGGGGCGUUUGGAGGAUCACGACAGUUUGAAUGAGUCAGAGUCUGUCAUCAGCCCUUACGCUGAGGGUGGUUUCAAUGACCAUCCUGACCUGCGCAGGGCCGAUUCUUCGCAGUCAGAAAUCGCCCCGUACGGGCUGGCGAAGCUUUGCCCAGCGUACGGUGCGGCAAGCCGCCCCCGCGCGCACACACACCCCGUGCCGUCCCGCCCGUACAGCACCGAGCGCCCCCGUCAGAAACCAAACAGUGACAGGGCAGGGGCCGUCCUGGCUGCCUAUGGCCAAAAUGGUCGCGACAAGUCCGGCCAAAGUUGCUACAAGCACCCCUCCAUUCUCCCCAACCCGGGUGCCACCAAGUCCUCUGCCUACCAGCAGAAUGCCAGCGCCGCCCAGCGUGCCCGCAAGGCACCUUGCUACAACUCCCCUGCCCUGGCCACCGACCUAAAGCGUACCCUGUCCAACACAUAUGACCAGCAUGACCCUAGCGAGGCAGUCUGCAACUCCGCAGCGUCCCCCGCGGCCUCGCCUGGUAGUGAGACCGGUACUCAGUCCGCCAUGUAUGAUGAAAACCAUCCUAGCCAGGCCGCCACCGGUGGGGCAAACAGGUACGUCUGUCCCUCCCCUGCGGCCGGUGCUGGCGGGUUUCAGGCAGGUACCUACUGCCAGAAUGACCGUAGAGAGGCAGUAAACAACACCCCAGAAAACCCCGAGACAAACAGCUAUAAACCGGCGUCCGCUAACGCUCACAUUCAGUGA